AUGGCAAGUAUUAUCAAGAAUCGGAUUAUCAAGCACCUUUCAAAAUUUGUUCGGAAUAUUACAGCUGAUCAGAUCAGCGUGCAGAUUUUGAGUGGUAAAGGAGAAUUAAAGAACAUCGAAUUAAACGAAAUUGUCUUAAGUGAAGUACUUGAAUUACCAACUUGGUUACGUGUUAAGCGAGCAGUUUGCAACAGAAUAGCUGUUAAGGUUCCGUGGACGAAAUUAAAAUCAGAACCAGUUAAACUAUUCAUUGAUGGGAUACGGGUAGAAGUCGAACUUAGUUCAGAAGAAGUUAUUAGCUGUGGCUCAAAUCCUUUGAGUGCCUUUGGAGAUUCAACAUAUGGAUUUGCUAAUCGAGUUGCAGAAGGGAUGUCACUUUAUGUUAAUUCGGUGGAGAUAAAUUUUGAUUCUGGUGUUUUUCGGGGUUCGCUGACACUUUCGAGAUUGGCGGUUGAAAGCAAAAGUCCAGCCUGGAAAACAGUCAGUGAUUUGCGAUAUACUCGAAUUGUGGAUACGAACACCAACAAAUUGCUUAUGUUUAAAAUGGUCACGUGGCAAUUAUUGCGUAUUGAGGCGUCCGCGCAAGCUAAUCCAUCACGAAAUGCGAUAAAUGCUCCGUUAAGAUUAAUCAGCAGCAACGGAAAGAGUAGAAUCAGUGUGAAAAAGUCCACUACUGAUGGUAGCGUUCUUGGUGGCCGUAUAGAGGUAAUAUUGGAUCAUAUUUUAUGGAUUGCUACUUUACCGCAAGUACGAUCUGCCAUCGCAUUUUAUGAUCACAUCAUGAAUAUUAUUAGAGCAGCUUCCAAGAAAGUGUCGGAAAUACAUCAUACGCAGUGUAUCGAAAUAAAAAUGCCAGUGAUCAGAUCGUGUUCUUCAAUUCCGGUUUCAACUCUAUUUCGCAAUUUCGAUGUUGAGCGAACGUCUUAUCAUGUUUAUGUUGGGAAAAUUGAUCUUCAUCUCUGUGAUGAUGAUCAGACCUCAGAUAGUUAUCCUGAAGAUUGGGACAUUGCUUGUGGUGCACUGCAAGUAACUCUACUGCGCCUGUGCGUUGAUUUUUAUCCAGCUGACAGCGCUGUAUCUGAUCGCAGUGACUGGAUUCGAUAUGAUAAUACAAAUCAUUGUGCUGUCUGGGUCCACAAAGUAUUACAAUUUCACUUGCGCAAGCUUUGCACUGAAUUGGACUUCAAUGAACAAUCUCAAAUAGUUGAUAUGUGGCCAAAGUUAAUGUCUCAAAAUUGCGUAAUACGGAUGUAUGAUAUUAUUGUACAGUGUGUGACGGAUACGAAUUCUAAAAAAGAAGCAUUGUUCAAUCUAUUCAUGUCAGAUCGUAAAUCAAAUACUGCUAUAGGAGGCGAUAGUCCUCUUUUCCAUCUCGAAUUUACUUCUUUCUGUCAUCCGACAUCUGAAAAAUUUCCAGUGCCAUCAAACAUCACACAUCUUUUACUUGGUCCAUUUUUUUUCGUAAUCGAUCAAAGAACGAUUCGAUGGCUCUUAUUCGUAUUUGAUGACAUUAAAUAUGCUUUGCAAAUCUCAAAUGCAAUGCCUGAAAUCACGAAGAUACCCAAAACUUAUCUACGCGUCAAUUUGCUUAUGCCCAAGAUAAUAAUACCGUUAAGAGAGCCGUUUGUACCGGAUAAGCGUUUCGCACGUAGAAUUGUGAUAAGCAUGAACACUUUACUGGCUACCAAUUGCAAAGCAGUUUCCAGCGACGAAUCAGAUUCGUUUUUCAAGUCGAUUUCAUCGAAUAUAAUUGAUUUCAUCGAUUAUAUUGACUUGCUGGUUGGCAAAGAACAAUUGAAAGAAUUCAUCUUUCAGUUGAAUCAAAAUUCGUUUGAGGAUGAUGACCAAGCUGAGCGGAUUUGGAUAAAUACAUCACCGGUUCAGAUAAAUACAGAUUUCGGAGAAGGAAAAUGGAGUACGCCCUUGCUUGCUGAUGUCACUUUUCAUGCGCUUUUUGAUGUAAGGCCAAUGAAGGUAAGCGUGGCACUGCAACCGAUGUGGAAAGUUCGGAUUGCGGUUGAUCAUUUUCAGUUUCUUCAAAUCAUGCAUCUGAUUUCUCGCAUAUCGAAUUUCAUGGAUCAACUUGUUAGUGAUCGGAAAUUUUUCUCUACUCACCGUAACAAUGGACAUAGUACAACAAUUGAAAUGGUUUGCUUCUUGGAGGAGAUUGAACUUAAUAUUAUACUACCUAAUCAACCAAUUCCAACUCCGUAUGAUCUUCAAGAAACAGUGGUGCCGCAAUCGCCAGCGAUAUCUUCAGAAAGCUAG